AUGGGCAAAUCUCCAGCUCCGCAGGCCGCCUCAGCUAAUACAACAAAGCUGGGCGUGGUAAAGUCAAAAGCCUAUUCUGUUGGGAAAAAAUUGGUGAAAAAACGACUGGGAAUUGAUUUGGAACAGCCUAAAGACAGAGGCCCUGUCCAUUCCUCCAAUGUCAAUCUCAAGAGACUUGCCAACAAACAAGGAGCGCCACAAAUGGGUGACAAAAUGGAAGCACAACAAAUUGCUGCGCGCCAAGAUACUUGCCAUAUCGAUCAUUACAAUACAGUGGUGCCCAAACUCUCUGAGUGGCGGUUAGAACAAUUAUAUUCAGGAGAUGUGGCAGUUCAAUUGUUGACAAGGUUGGAUUGCAUUCAAACGGGCAACGCUUUAUUUUCAUGGGCAGAACGGUGUCCAGACUCUCAGAAUCAACCAUGUCUUUGA